AUGUCCACCGCCAACAGCACUCAAGCUUUCCUGAGCGUUAUUGAGCAGGGCUCCACUAGAGCCGUCCUAACAAAGUUUACCAACGUAUGGACCUCAACCUCUUGGUGGCAGAUCAUAGUUACCGUUGCACUCGGUGCUAUUGUUUAUGACCAAGUUCUGUAUUUGAUUAAGAAAGGCACUAUAGCUGGCCCCCGAUUCAAAGUUUGGCCGAUCAUUGGACCCUUCUUAGAGAGCUUGGACCCCAAGUUCGAAGAGUAUAUGGACAAGUGGAAUUCAGGUCCCUUGUCUUGCGUAUCCAUUUUUCAUAAGUUCGUUGUGAUCGCGUCAACGAGAGAUUUGGCAAGGAAAAUUUUGAGCUCUCCAAAAUACGUCAAACCAUGUGUUGUUGAUGUUGCUAUCAAGAUCUUGCGUCCCACAAACUGGGUUUUCUUAGAUGGAAAGGCCCAUGUGGAUUACAGGAGAUCUUUGAACGGCUUGUUUUCACAGAAAGCCCUUGAGAUCUAUAUACCAGUUCUCGAGAAGUAUAUGGAUAUUUAUCUCGAUAAAUUUAUCGGCUUUGAUGGUCCAAAAAAGUUUUUCCCAGAGUUCAGAGAAUUGCUAUGUGCUUUGUCGCUCCGCACUUUCUGCGGUGACUAUAUCACUGAGGAGCAAAUUGCAUUAAUCGCCGAUAACUAUUUCAAGAUCACCGCUGCCUUGGAGCUUGUCAACUUUCCUAUUAUUAUUCCAUACACGAAGACCUGGUACGGGAAAAAAAUCGCUGAUGACACUAUGAAGAUUUUUGAGAGCUGUGCCCAACUGGCAAAAAAGCAUAUAAAUGAAAACAAUGGAAAACCAGGAUGUGUCAUGGAUGAGUGGAUUUACCUCAUGAAAGAGGCUAGGGAUAAUCACAAAGAAGACCCCGAGUCAAAGCUUCUCAUCAGAGACUUCUCCAACAAGGAAAUUUCGGAGGUAAUUUUCACCUUUCUAUUCGCAUCUCAGGACGCUUCUUCUUCGUUAGCAUGCUGGCUAUUCCAAAUUGUCGCUGAUCGUCCUGAUAUCGCCAAAAAGAUUAGAGAGGAGCAGUUGCUUGUGAGGGGAAAUGACCCACUGAAGCCACUCACUUUGGAGAUGAUUAAUGAGAUGAAGUACACAAACUUUGUUGUCAAAGAAUCUUUACGUUACAGGCCUCCCGUCCUCAUGGUUCCAUAUGUUGUGAAACAGAGCUUUCCCGUAACGCUGGAUUACACGGCACCCAAGGGCUCUAUGAUCGUGCCAACCUUGUAUCCUGCUCUCCAUGACCCCGAGGUUUACCCCGAGCCCGACUCAUUUAUUCCUGAGAGAUGGGAGAACCCAACCGGCGAUAUGGACAAGAGAAGUUGGUUGGUUUUUGGAACCGGCCCACAUGUUUGCCUUGGUAAGGUGUACGUUUUGAUGAUGUUUACAGGAAUGUUGGGCAAAUUCCUCAUGAACAGUGAAAUCAAGCACACAGUGACUCCGUUGUCGGAGAAGAUUAGGGUAUUUGCAACUAUUUUCCCUAAAGAUGACUUAAUACUUGAAUGGGAUGCAAGGGAUCCCUUAUCUACCAAUUAG